AGGCAUUCGACUUGACAAGUCCUUGAAUUUUGUAAAAAUUAAGUGAGGCUAUAAACAAAAUUUUCCAUUGAAAUGACUAGCUUUCGGGAGAUGCGUUUCGAUGAUCUAUUCAAAAUUAAUUCCUUAGUUUUUGAUGCCCUCACCGAGGUUUACAGCCUAACUUUCUUCGUGACGCACCUCCUGGAGUUUCCAGGACUCACGCAGAUUGCCGAGGCUCCAGGUCGCGAUGGCCGGAAAAUGGGAUAUAUCUUUGGCCAUUUUCAGGCCAAGCGAAAUAAGGAGCCGCAUGGUCAUGUGGCGGCACUGACUGUAUCUCCGGAAUAUCGGCGCCUUGGAUUGGCCACCGCUCUGAUGGAUUACUUCUUCACGGCUGCAGACCACAAAGGAGCCUCCUUCGUAAACCUCUUCAUGCGAGCCAGCAACCAUGCCGCCUAUCACCUGUACUGCUCCAUGGGCUACGCUCACCGCGAAACAUUCGUGGACUACUAUCCAGAUCACCCGGAACCGGAGGAUGCCUACGAGAUGAGAAAGUACCUACCACGUCCGCUGGAGGUUCAAUAAGCAGGAGGUGUGUUUCUCAAAAAAUUGUUGUUUUAUUUUCAGAUUACAUAGCUAAUUAAAGAAAAUCAGUUGGGGUGAA